CGGAGGGAGGAGGCAGCGCGCGAGUCUGGUCCGGACACGGCGCCGCCGCCGCCCGCAGCAGCCCCGGCCCGGCCUUUUCCUUGGAUUUUAAUAUCAGAAAUGUUUCCUUGCUGAUGAGAACUCACCUUAGGACACGUGUACCGCUUUCUGCUCUGAUUCUCUCUGCUUGAUUCGGAGGUUUUGGGAGGAGCCGCUGGAGCUUGCGCACUGCUUCAUGCAGUUACAGUAAGUGUUCUGGGUCAUGAAACUUAAUCCACAGCAAGCUCCAUUAUAUGGUGACAGCGUUAUUACAGUGCUGCUGGCUGAAGAAGACAAACUUGAAGAUGAUGUAGAUUUUUACUUGGUGUUUACUGGGUCCGCUGUCCAACACUGCACAAGCACUAGAAAGGUUAAUCCUGGAACAUUGGAGACUAUUGCUCCUGGCCAUGACUGCUGCGAGACAGUGAAAGUGGAGCUUUGUGCCUCCAAGGAAGGGCUUCCUAUUCUUGUGGUGGCAGAGGACAGGUUUCAGUUCAUUCAGGAUGAGGCCUAUGAUGCAGCUCAGUUCCUAGCAACCUGCGCUGGGAAUCAGCAAGCACUGAACUUCACAAGAUUCCUGGAUCGGUCAAGGCCACCCUCUGGGGACCUGAAUUUUCUGGAUGAGAAAGUGGCUUUGGCAUUUCGACAUCUGAAAUUGCCAGCAGAAUGGAAUGUGCUAGGAGCGGAUCAGACUCUGAACGAGAAUAUCCCCCGGGAGACACUGUUGCAUUUUUCAGUGAGGCUAGGUCUGCAGCGGUUGACGUGGUUUCUGUUACAGCAGCCAGGUGGAAGAGGAGCUCUCUGCAUCCGCAACAAUGAAGGAGCUACGCCUGUGACUCUGGCCUUGGAGAGGGGCUAUCAGAAGUUGCAUCAGCUUUUGACAGAAGAAGAUGCUGGCGAACCUGACUCUUGGAGCACUUUGUCUCAUGUUGUGCACUCGGGGGACUGCUGUGUGAAAUACCACCAGGGUCUGAGUGUUUACACGCUGACAGCUGAAGCCAAGAAUGGAGCCAAGGCUGCCCUGGAGGAUGACAUAGAGCGGCUUCAGAAAUGCAUAAAAACCCACCAGCACGCGAAUGCAAAGCAGCAGCCAGAGUCUGAGCCGAGAACUGAGGAUAAUAGCAGUAAAGGAAGACAAAUGGAAGGACACCAGGCUGUUGUAACCCACAACUCUGAAGAAAUGUCUACAGAAGUCAGCAAAGAAGGACCCUCUGCCACAGCUGACUUGGAUUUAAGGCAGUUCUUGGCCCCCUCCUGCCACAAGGAGGAUGAACGUGACAGUGGGAGUUUGGGAGUGCUUAACGACAUGUCAGGUGAUUUGCUGAGUGUGGUAAGCACAGAGAGCCGGGGGUGUUCCUCAGAAAGUCAAAAUACAGCUACGUUGAGUAAAAAGGAAGAGGAGGGGCCAGCCUCUAUUGUAGGCUCUGAAGCUGUAUCAGAUAAAAAUGCCUGCACACUGAGCCCAGCUCCUGGAAUAAACGGUGCUGCAAGCCUUCCAUCCUGUGGAAAUACAAAUGAGGAAACUGGAAUGACAUCCACUGGAGUUAUUCUGGAUCAAACCAGCCUGGUCAACAAAGAUAAUAUCCAUCAGGAAGUGCAAAUUGCUGAAGAGUGCGCAACUGAAAGCCCUGUUACCACGGUUGAAACUGCAAGCAAACCCCGAACUUCCGGGGAGGGUGUGGAUGUGGCCAUGGGCCAGUCUGAAUGUAAGAACUGUGCGGGGACUAGAGAUGCCUCUCCAGUACAGCGGCAUGAAGAACAUGUGAGUGCUGAGGCAACGGGUGCCAGAGCUGCAAGCCUGAAGGAAGUGCUCCCAGCAGGUGAGGAGCUGAUCCAUGCUGCUGAGCCCUUGCUUGGUGACGUUAGUGACGCUGCCUUUGAAGGUGGGGUCAUGCAGGUGAUGCAAGCACAGGACACUGCAAAUGCAAGGACUGAUGCUAAUAUUCUCCCAAAUGGCCUUGGGGAGACUAGUAAUGAGGGUAUAACAGACUUUCAGGCUGAAACGACAAUGAAUGGCUUCUCAGAUGCCCCAGGUCAAGAUGCCCCUGUUGUAAAGGAGAGGCAGAGUGUGACUGCUGCUGGAGAGGAGGUUCAGGCAAUGAGUGAGAUAAAGCCUUCAGAGAAUGUAUUGAAGCAGGAUGUGGUUGUCCUGGAAGUUAACAACAAUAGCAAGAGCAGUGAGUGUGGGGUGCAGGUGGACAAUGGAAGCCUGGCUCUUGAGCUGAAUGAGCUGGAGUUGAGUGAACUUCCACAUGAUGGUCAUCCCAACGCUGAUGCCGAGCGGGGUGCCUUUGGCAAGCCUUAUGAAAUUGCUACCAAGUCUGCACGUGACCACAAAGCCGGUGAGUUAAUAGCUGAAGCGGAGCAGAGCCUCGAAACACCCGUGGAGAUGUUGGGAACUGAAACUGUGAGCAGCAGAGGAACUUCAGACACUGCAGAUGGAGGCCAGGGGGCUGCUGGCAAUUGCCAUGCUGCUCAUCAAGCUGUUGAGCAAGACAAAAUAAGUGACAGCUUAAAUCCAGAGGCUGCUGCAGCUUGCAAAUGUGAGCUUGAUUCACAGCUUCCACGUGAAGCAGGCUUGGUUUUGGCAGGAAAAGGGCCUCUGCAAAGCCAGGUACUGACUCCAGAAAGCACUUCAGAACUGGAGGGGGUCAGUGCUGAAAUGAGACCACUUGCCUAUCCUGUAUUUAGGGAAGAUGCACAGCAGGGGCAAGCAAUUAGUCAGGAGACAGGUGCUGCAGUGUCACCUUCUGGACAGGAGGCAUGCAUGCAUGAUAAUGAUCCUAAAUUAUCCUCAUGUGCCAAGGACACAGAGUCUAUACAGGAUAAUUUCAUAGGCACACCCUCUGCAAUUCAUAAUAAGGAAUCUAAACAAAACCAGGAAGUAGCAGAGACGGCAGUGGUUGCUGAACAGGGCAGUUCUGAACAUGGUAUGGUAACCACAGAAACUAAUUUGCCCCCAGAUCUCAGGGAAGAGGAGAACUCUGCGUGCAGUCUCCUGCCCCCAGCUGAGAGAAACAGCCCUGAGCCCAAUCAGGAGCUGGACCAAAGUGGGGCAUUUGGCAGAGAAAGCGCCUUGUCCAAGGAACCUGGCGUUGCUGUUGUGAAAUCCUGUGCUUGCAAUCAGGGUGAGCAGCCUGAGGUGAGUGACAGUACUGCAGACACUGGAUUGCAAGGAGAAAUCUCUUGUCAGGAGGCAACUGAGAAUGUGGCAGCAGAUGCAGGGGAAAGUAUCACACAAGAGUCCGUGUUGGAGGACAAAUCCCAAGAUGCGAAGGAUGACUGGCCUUCCAGCACAGCAUUGAACCAAGAAUGCGAUCUCAGCCCAGCUCUACAGGGAAGCUGUCCAUGCGCAGAAUUAAAGGAGGCCUUGGGACUGAACACCUUUUCUGUUGCCUGUGAGAACAUGGAACUACUAGAGGAGGCCCAGAGAUCCCUAGUAACAAGUUAUCCAGAAGACCAAGGGGAUAUAGACAAUGUACUUUCCAGGGUAUCACUUCAGCCCAUUGUGGAAGAAGCUACAUGUGAUAGUGACUCCAGCUCAGACACUGUCUGCUUGGCCAGUGAGAGUGAAGCUGGUUCAGAAGUGAAAGAGGCCCAAGAGAUCUUGGCUGAGCUCAAGGAAGAUGAAGAAGAGCAGAACAAAGCUAUAUUUGCAGCACCUCCUUCAUUGUGUUCAGAGAGUUUAAACGCUGCCGAGCCAUUGGAAAAUGUGGGAGAAAAGAGUUUUGUUCCAGAGGGUGAUGGCUUUUCUCUAGAUGAAAUUAUAGAAGGGGUAGAGGGCCCUGAUGCAGUCGUUUCUUUAGGGGAGGCACCUUGUUCACCUGAACCGCCAGUUAAGAAACCAGAAGGUGUACCUGUUGCAGAAGGAACGGAGACCGAACCCCAAGCUGUGGUAAACAUAGGAGCCAUGCUGGAUGGAGAAGUGGAUUUAAGUUUGCCAUUUGGUGAUCUAACCAAGGGAGAUAUAAAUCCAGGAGUGCUGGGAUCUGAGAUUGUUAUAGGAGCGGCGGAGAUGAAAACUGAAGACGAGCUGGAUUUUCUGAAGGACCUCAGAGAGAAUUCCUUUUCUGAAGGAAUGAUAAACCGUGAAAGCUGGUGUCCAAUAGAGCCUUGUUCCGAUCCUUCACUGCUGGAGUCUAAGCGGACUCGUAAAUCUACAGAAUGUGAACAUUUCCUGGAGGAUGGGCUGAGCGGAGUCUGCACCUCGUCGCAGGGUAUCCUUAAAAGAGAAUCUGGGAGCGAGUCUGAAUUCUUCUCCUUGCCUGGGGAUGGGAUGGAUGACAUAGUCUUUGGAAAGCAGCCAGAAGAGGAGCAGUCUGCUUGCGAUAUCACCAGUUCCAGCUCUUCAGCAGAUGACACGGUGUCUUUAGAGAGGAACUCAUCUCUCGGAAGUGACAUUUCCCUUCCACACGUCUUAAGCUCCAAUAGGCAUAAGGACAGGCACAGUCUGGAUGGGAGCUGCAUCAAUAUGGCCAAUGCAGAGGGAAGGGACAGUGAACCUGCUGGCUCAGGCGAGACAGAAGAAGAGAUGGAUAGUAUCACAGAAGUGCCUGCCCAUUCCUCUGUCUUAAGAAACUCAAUGCGACCACUGUCGCCUUUCCGUCGGCACAGUUGGGGGCCAGGGAAAAAUGCUGCUAAUGAGGCAGAAAUCAAUCACAGGAGUUCAAUGCGAGUUCUGGGGGAUGGUAUAAGGAAGCCUCCCAUUCAUAGGAGAAGCUUGAGUUGGUGUCCUUCUGGCGUACAGUACAUUGCCACGGGUGCUGACUUUAAUUUUAGAAGUUACAGCCUCGAAGGCCUUGCGGGCGACUCUGAUGAUAUCAAGAAGCCCCCCUCAAAUUUAGAAACAUCCUCCCUGAGCUCCAAAGACCCAAGACGUAGCCCACUCGCCAGUGAUGAACAAGGGUCCUCAGUCCUGCUCACUGAAGAAGAACUUGAAGAUGAGCAUGGGGAACUCAGAGGGUUUGAUCGUCAGAUACGCCAAAGAUCACAGCCUCAUGGAUUUAAUUUCUGUAGUUCUGCCAUGCCCUCUCCACUGACCAAAUCCAUAUCGCUGAUGACAAUCAGUCAACCAGGACUGGACAGCACGCGAUCGUUCAGUGGUACCAGCAGUUCCCUGGCUCAGAGUAUCUCUGAAGAGAGCUGCAACUUCCCACCUAACAGCCCCUCUAGGAAAGAUUUAGAGUGGAAAAGUGGAACAAAAGUCAGUCGCACCUUCAGCUACCUCAAGAACAAGAUGUCCAGCAGCAAGAAGAGCAAAGAAAAAGAGAAAGAUAAGGAGAAGAUUAAAGAGAAAGACAAAGAUUCCAAGGAGAAAGAAAAAGACAAGAAGUUGUUAAAUGGGCACCUCUUCAACACAACCCCUGUUGUGGGUCCCGUCACCUGUCACCACUGUAUGAAACCUUUCAACAAGGAUUCGUACCUCUGUGCAAACUGCAAUGCAAUUGUUCACAAAGGCUGCAAGGAGAGCCUGGCUUCCUGUGCAAAGGUCAAAAUGAAGCCACAAAAAGGGAUGCUGCAGGCACAUGAUACCUCAUCAUUACCCGCAGUAAUUAUGAGAAACAAACCCUCACAACCUAAGGAGCGCCCCCGCUCUGCAGUACUUGCCCCUGAUGAAAACACCGUCACCUCACUAUUCAAUAACAGGAGAUCACAACAGAGCACAGCACUUUCAAAAAGCGUUUCAAUACAGAACAUUGCUGGAGUUGGCAGUGAGGAAAGCUUAUUAAAUAAUUGGAAAUACCUGUCGCAGUCAACAGACUCUUUACAUAAAAUCAGCCGAGUGAAUGAAUCCACAGAGUCGCUCGUUGAUGAGGGUACAGACAUGAAUGAAGGACAGCUGAUGGGGGACUUUGAGUUAGAUUCCAAGCAGUUGGAGGCAGAGUCGUGGAGUCAAGUAGUGGACAGCAAGUUCCUGCGUCAGCAAAAGAAAGAUGUUGUCAAACGGCAAGACGUCAUUUAUGAACUGAUGCAAACAGAGAUGCAUCAUGUCCGAACGCUGAAGAUCAUGAGUGACGUCUACAGCAGGGGAAUGAUGCAGGAACUGCAGUUUGAACAGCAAACGGUAGAAAAGGUCUUUCCUUGCCUGGAUGACUUGCUGAACAUCCACAACCAGUUCUUCCAGCGGAUUCUGGAGAGGAAGAAAGAGUCCCUGGCGGACAAAAGUGAAAAGAACUUUGUCAUCAAGAGGAUAGGAGAUAUCCUGGUGAAUCAGUUUUCUGGUGAGAAUGCCGAGAGAAUGAAGAAGACGUAUGGCAAAUUCUGCGGGCACCACAAUGAGGCCGUGAAUUAUUUCAAAGACCUACUCUCCAAGGAAAAGCGGUUUCAGGCAUUCAUCAAGAAAAAAAUGAGCAGCGCAGUGGUGAGGCGGCUUGGCAUUCCUGAGUGCAUCUUGUUAGUAACGCAGAGGAUCACAAAGUAUCCGGUACUACUACAAAGAAUAUUAGAAUACACCAAAGAAAAUGAAGUGGAACACCAACACUUGACUCAGUCGUUAAACCUGGUGAAGGAUGUGAUCGCUGCCGUGGACAGCAAAGUCAACAAUUACGAAAAGAAAAUGCGUCUCAGUGAGAUCUACACCCGGGUGGACAGCAAGUCCAUCAUGAGGAUGAAGAGCGGCCAGAUGAUCGCCAAAGAGGACUUGAGGCGCCGAAAACUCAUCCGCGAUGGGCCUGUCUCACUGAAGAAUGCAGCCGGGAGGUUGAAAGAAGUCCAGGCUGUCCUCCUCUCAGACAUCCUGAUUUUCCUUCAGGAGAAGGACCAGAAGUACAUCUUUGCCUCAUUGGACACGAAAUCUACAGUCAUCUCUCUGAAAAAGCUCAUUGUACGAGAAGUGGCUCAUGAGGAAAAAGGCUUAUUUCUCAUUUCCACGGGAGUGCCCAACCCAGAGAUGGUAGAAGUCCAUGCCAGCUCCAAGGAGGAGCGUAAUAGUUGGAUACAACUCAUUCAGGACACCAUUAACACCAUGGACAAGGAUGAAGAUGAAGGAGUCCCUAGUGAGUCUGAGGUGGAAAAGAAAGAGCUGGAUGCCAAAGCUAAAGAAUUAAAAGAACAGCUGCAGCAGAAAGAUCAGCAGAUCCUCACGCUGCUGGAGGAGAAGGGGAAGAUUUUCAGGGAUAUGACCGACUGCAGUGUGCAAGAAGAUGGCUUGGUCUCCAGAGUGCUGUUCAGAGCCAACACUGAAGAGGCACCCAAGGGGGAGAACAUUAUGAAAAGUGCAAUAAAUGAGGUCGAGUUGUUGCAAAGCAUGGUGAGCAGGAGUCUGGGGAGUGCGCUGGGACCACAGGUCAGCAGCCCUAACUCUGAGCAAGAAGAAGUUGGCCCCAUCUCCCUUCCAAGAAGAGCAGAAACCUUUGGAGGCUUUGACAGUCACCAGAUGAACGCAUCCAAGUGUGGAGAGAAGGAUGAAAGCGAAGAUGCCCAGGAUCUUCGGAGGACAGAAUCCGACAGCAUUCUGAAGAAGGGUGGAAACGCUAAUUUCAUGUUCAUGUUGAAAAGAAAUAAUGAGCAUGUUCUCCAUAGCAUCACCCAGCUCCAUAACCUGCUUAGUGCUUUGCAGGCUGUCGUGCUGCAGCAGGACACGUACAUUGAGGAUCAGAAGAUGGUUCUGAACGAGAGAGCGCUGACACGGACCUUCUCCAGGCCAAACUCCUUGAUCGAGCAGGAGAAGCAGCGGAGCCUAGAGAAGCAACGCCUGGAGCUGGCCAACCUGCAGAAGCAGCAAGCCCAGUACCUGGCAGAGAAACAGAAGAGGGAGAAGGAAUGGGAGACACGGGAGAAGGUGCUAGCGGACCGGGAAAUGCGACUGACCCAGAGAGAAGAGCAGGCUCAGAAGGGGCACCAAGAGCUGGAGAAGGAGAAGGAGGAGCUGCAGAAGAAGAAGUCGGCCUACCAGAUCGACCUGGAGAGGCUCCGUGCUGCACAGAAACAACUGGAGAGGGAGAAGGAGCAACUCCAGAGAGAAAUGGAGCAGUUGCAUCAUGCACAGCUGAAGCAGGCUGGCCACAAUCAGGUUUCAAAGCCGCAUGAGAAAACUAUGAGGACCCCUUCCCUGUCCCCUGCUGAGGACCCCUCCAAACAGCAAAGCUCUUCCCUUCCUGAGCCAGGGCACUUUGAUUCAGAACUGUCUGUGUCACCCAAAAGGAACAGUCUCUCAAGGACAUCAAAAGAGAAAUGCCCUUCCAAGUUGCAUAGCACAACCAAUCAGACUAACAAGGCAGCUGAGGGGCAGCACCAGAUACCUUCCCGCCUCUUCGGUUUAGGGCAAGCCAAGCCAAAGGACAAGAAGGAAAAGAAGAAAAAGAGCAAAAGCCAGCGCUCCCAACCUGCUGAUGGCCAUUCAUCAGAAGCACCACUGGAGGGCAAGGAAAUCUUCUGCUGAGUGUCUGCUCCUAAUUCUGCUGGGAUAAGGCUCCCUCUUCACUGUACUGUAUUAGAACCCAUGCAGGCGUCUGGCAGGGCCAAAGCUCUCCUUGCCCACUGAGUGCUCUCAGCCAUUGUAUGGAAGAAAGCUCCUUGCCCCCACCCUGCAGCAGGUUCCUGGUUCCUGCAUCCACCAAGCUUGCCAAGCCAUGCAUUCAGUGAAGCAUGCAUCAAGGUUGCAAGAGGCGGGCACAGGGCUCUAGCCUUCAGUCUUGUAUGAAUCCUGGCUGCAGGGGCUGACCACAUAGCAAGCAGCACCCACUCCCUAUGCAAACCUUGGUUUAAAAUGACCUGUGCAGAUAAUUCCCUAUUUCUCUUACUGGUCAAGGUUGAGAGAAGGUGGCCCAAGAAGUCUGUGCCUCUGCAUUCCCCUUUUCUGGGGAACAUAACCAAACCCAAGCAUUUAGCAAAAGGUUAGGACUCUGCAGAUGGUGCGUACACACUGGCAUAUAUAGAUAUACUGUAUAUAUAUAUAUAUAUAUACAUAUAUAUAUACAUAUAUGUAUCUGUGUAUCCACUGGGAUAUACAUAAAGUCUGUACAGACAAGCUGGGUUAGCUUAGCUGUGCCCAGGGAGAUAGAUGAAACCUGAUGACUUUCAGGGAGCGUGUAGAUAUUAAAUAUCUUGCCUUUACUGCUCAGUGCAGCUUCAUUGGCUUGCCCGCCCCUUCCGCGUGUAUCGGACAUGUCGUGCUAUAUUUCAGGAAGGUACAAAACACCAGGCAGCAAUGGCAGUGACGGGUGGUGAAGGGAGAGGAACAACCUGCCCAAAUUAAAAUCAGCCAGUAUUUCUAACAGAUUUCUGUGGGGCAAAAAUUAAAUUUUAAAUAAUUUCCAGCAGGAAGUGCAAAAUCUCUGAAUGUUUUGAAAGGAAGAAGAAAAAUAUACCAGGCUUGUUAAGCAACCCCGGGGACCCAGAACAGACAGUGCUCAAGUGAGAACCGCUCUGACUGCUUUUUAAUGGGCUUAUGUGCAUUGCAGCCUGCUUACUCCCUCCCUCCUGCCCUUCCUUAAGCUGCAGGUCCUUUGUCAGAAUACGUGUCUCCAUUUGCAGUUGAUUCAUUACAAGCCCACUAAUUGAUCAGAGAAACUCCCGAGAAUUUUUCCAUUUGGGGAUCACUUAGCUUAUAUAUAUAUUUUUUUUUUUUAAACUAUUGUCUGGAUUUUUUUUUCUCCCUGGCAUAUGCUAAUGAGGUGACUCACAUGAUCACUGGGCUUCUAUUUCUCAGGAUUUCAUCAGCUCCUCUUACUUAUUUCUUCUCCAAAGUGACAUCACAGACAUUUCCCCAGCACUUGCGUGAGAUGUCAAGGGGUUGUCACAUUUGGUGCAGGAGUGAGGGUUGCAGGGAUGACCUCGGAAGAAACAUGGCUCCUAGUUUUAUGCAAAUGCAGGGCGCCGCGCUGGGGAGACAGCUUGUUCUCAUGGACCGAACACAGUGCUGCUGGUCAGACGCUCCAAAGUCCGGAUUCAUUGUGUGGCCUUUGGCAAAUUACUUCACCUCUGUGCCUCAGUUUCUCCAGCUGCAGAAUAGGAUCAUUAGUAUUCUCUUUGUGGGUGAGAGACUAUGCCUCAAUGCACUGAAGCUGCAGGGUGUUACCCAAAUGCCAAGUACGGUGGGUAUGAGUGACGACCAGGGGCAACAAAAUGUAGCAAGCCAUCUUGCUUUUAAAUGGAGAGCCACUCUCUGCCCCUUUCCAGAGAUUUGCCUUAGUUUUUUUAUGGCAAUUUCAAAUUGGCUAUCACCUUCACUGCCUGGAGCGAUCUGAUGCUGUGAUGCUCGUUCCCUUUCCCACAGAUUCUCUUUUUUUUCAAAUGGUGUCUUGCACUGUUUUGACUUGCAUUUGCUUGGUAGCUUCUCAUAAGCUAGUUGCGCACAGCAGAUUUCAGCAUUUGGUGCGAACAUUGUUAAUGAGCACUGAUGACAGCUGCAUGGGGGUUUAGACAGGUCUGUCUUGAUGAAUGAGGUAUCCAGAAUAGAUCACUUGCUUUUGAAGCUCUCUGAACAAUUUUCUCACUCUCACUCUCACACACACAUGCACACACUGAAUUGAGAUUUGAUUUUUGUCUUUUUUUAUUUAGUUUUUAAAUAUUAUUUGGUGCUCAUACUUAAUUGCGAGCUGGGCUUGCAAAAAAAAAACAAAAAACCAAACCAAUAUUUAUCUUUCUGUUUAUUUGAAAGAGGUCUGGUUUAAAAAAAAAUGAUUUACUUUGGUUUGUUUUGUUUUUAUAUUAUUUUUUUUUCUAAAGAUGAGCUUGAGAAACCAAUGGUUUAAUCUCACUGUUGCUUCAUAUAAAAACAAGGCAUGUUCAGCGCUGCCAAGCAGCUGGUGUCCAGCCUGAAGAGCAGUCAUAUGCAACUAAUUCCAACCAGAAAGCUGUCUUGAAGGCAAAGCAGCUCCUAACUAAGCAAAAAUUGGAGAGGGGGGCAGUGAUUCUGUGUAUGAGUCUUGCUGUCCAUUAGUCUUGGAAUUUACAUCUUCUUUCUAAGUUUUCCCAUCUCUCUCUGAGCAAAGUAAAAGAGCCAUUCAUGCUCGGGUAGGUCUUGAUCAGUGCCUACAGAAGUCAGGAGAAGUCUUUCUGUUGACUUCUGUGGGUAUGGGAUUAUAUCUUGAUAAUGGAGUUGUCUUUAAGGUUGUUAAAUUAAAAAAAAUCCUUCCCCUGGUAUUGACGGCUGGUGAAACCUAAAUUUGCAGAGAAAACCAAACCAAUACACGGUAAAGUUACUGUUCUGUAGGCAGAACUCAGCGCUUUGGUGUUUUUGAAGGUUUCCAUUUCAUUGGCAUUUGCUGUUUCCAGCACGGGUCCUUUCUUUUCUUCCCAGUGUCCUCCCCCUACCACUGACACCUCCUAAACCUGUGUGUCCUAUUGCUCUUGGAAAGGCAACUGAGCAGAAGCCCCUCAACCAGGGCAGUGGGAAGGAAGCCUUGGCUGUUUGACUUUCUCCAGUCUCGCUGUCAACAGAACUGCAUGGAGCGCACUGUCAGCUGCAUCUGUACUUUUGCUAAGCAGCUACCCUGUUUCCCAUCUGCACUUUUCCAAAGUAAACAGAGGAUUGAAUCUGAAGUACAUCAAUUCAUAUCAGAGUUGUUUGUGCCUGUUUUGUGGGGGACAGAAAUCCUUUGUUGCUGUAUGAGAUUGUAUCAGCAUGAAGCCCUUAGUCCCCCUCCCUCUACCUUUUAAUUUGUAAGAAGCAGGGAGGGGAAAGCAGUAAUAUAUAUAUAUAAUUUUUUUUUUUUUUUUUUUUUAAUCAUAGCCACUUUUCUCGUGUUCCCCUUUGAAUGGUUUGGAGUUGAUCCCUGGAAAUAGAUUCCCACCCUGAUCCCUGCAAAAUCACCCAGACAGUGUUUGAUUCCAGGUGCUUAGUUAAGAGUGGGUCAGUCCUCUGUGCUAGGAUUUUGUAGCCUUGGUAUCCUUUUCCUUUCCCUGCCUUUGUUUGUUUUACUUCCGUGCAUGGCAUCUAACCCAUGCCUGCUGAGUGCAUAUUAUUUCUUAAACCAAAUCUGAAUUGCAGUCAGAUGGCCUGGAUGAUGUUAAGAGAACUGGUCUCACCCCACUGCCUGUUGGGGACCCAGGGGUCAGACGUGGCUGCACCGAUGGCACGCUGCUGCAGGAAGAAGUGGAGUUAGGAAAAAUUCCAGCUGAGCUUCCCGUACAUGUCUGGCAUUGAUGGGAACGGCAGACUCCUCACAAGCGUGAAGAAGGAAAGGCUUGGCAUGGUGGCUGUGUCUACGCAGCAGAAGGGGCAUUAGGGAGUAGCAUGAUGAAGGAAGCAAUCUCAGAAUGAAGUACAGAAAAUGGGGUGGUGAAGCUAUCCCAGGGAUCAGAGCUGUAGUAAGUAUCUCUAGAAUCGGAGGGAUCAGAUAGGAUUAGCCUUCAACUUCUUUUAAACAAAGCGAUCAUCUCAGCCUGCAAGUUUCUGUCAUGGUUCGAUGCCAUUAAGCACUUUAAAUGGAACCUGUCUUGUCAUUUGCUUUUCUCAGACAAUCAGAUUUGUAUUCUUGCUUCCCCCUCUGUGUCCCUAAUGCAACCUGGGAUGGGGAAGGGUUAGGCUAUAUUCAAAUAUAAACUCUGCAUGCGUGUAGGCUUUGCUAAGGUGCUGGGAGAGGGGAGUGGAGCAGCAGCUUUCAUAGUAUUCCUAGGCCAAAGGUAAGAAGGUGUGAAUUUUACUAUAACCACUCUGGAAAUGGAGUGAACUGAGCGCCCUUCGCCUCAUGCACUCUCUACUCCAGGGAAUCUAGCUGUCACCCAGCCUCUCGGGUGAACCCCUGCUGGGAGCCCCCCCAGCGUGCAUAUGGCACAGGAGGAAAAGCACCUCCUGGAGACUGGGUCAGUCAGGUUCCCGAGAAGAGAACGAGCUUUCCCAAGCGGCACCUUCAUUUCAGAUUCCUCUCUUGCUCUUGGAGGUAAUGCGGGGCAAAGGAAGGACGCUGAGGCCAUUUCAAGGCACGGCUUCGUUUCCUGCAGGCACCUCCCAGGCUGACUCUGGACCAAGAGCACUUACUUUCCAUGGGGUGGCCUGAUUUUUUUUAUUUUUUAUUAUUAUUAUUUUUUCACCCCAUCCCUGUUGAGGUCUGACCACUGCUGGGAACCGUGGGACUAAGGGUAGGCGGCACAGAUUGGCAUUGCCUGACAAAGAGCAAGCACACUUGUAGCGUCUGGUCCUCUUCUUACCUUCUGUGGGUUGGUAAAAUCUCUCAAAGCUGUUGUGAAACAUGCCCAAAUCCAGUCCUUCCUCACGGCAGAGACAGAUUGGGGAGAGAUUAAUUAGUGCCAAAUCUCAAGCAGAUUGUCUGGGGAAGCCAGACAUCAGUGAUAACCCAGAUAGAGGGAGGACUGGUCCGAGAUGGCAACACCGCAGUGAUUUUCCUGUUUAAACCUAGCAUAACAUUCCCCGUUAACCAGAACGCCGGAAAGUCUCCUGCCUGCUGGCCAGGUCUGUAAACGUUAACUAAUUUAAGGCGCCCUCUUUUAAUUAAACCUCCCCAGCGCUCAGAGUGCUUACUUCGUUUGUCAGACGGGGCGACCGUCCGCAGUUCUUCCUCCCGUGAUCUAGCUAAGGUUUAAAAAUAGGCAAGCUGAAUUGGUUCCCUCCCGUGCGUCUCGUGAGCAACGGGAAGCACGGUGCUAAAUCCUUGUCAAAACGCGAGCUAGGGGCAGUGCCCUUUCUCUUCGUGUGCACUUCGCUGCCAUUAAAGCCCUGCCCAGAUCCGUUCUGCUUCCAUUGGCCGAGAAAAAAGCAGGAUGUUCGCUUCUCCCAUAGCAGCAAACACAAGGGUCUAUAAAGCAUGAAUCACUUCCAGACUCUUAAGUAUCAUUUUCUUUAUUGAUGUUAAACACAGGCUCUAAAAGCCGAUGUCCCAUUCAGCUCGCCUAUGGUUAAAGUUUAGCCUCGUGUUUAUUUGAUACUAAUAUGGAAUGCACUAGAGUAAUCCCCGAAUGUUGAGGAGGUGUAUUAUAGUACCGCGCUAUACCUCUGCUUUCAGUUUGUUUUGUUUCUUUCAAAAGAAAAAAAAAAUGUUUUGCAAUUUUAUGUUCAUUCUGUUUUAAAAAAAAAAAAAAACUUAAAAAAAUUUUAAAAAAUUAAAAAGUUAAAGAUGAAAUUUAAAAAAGAGGGUAAAACCUAAUUGCUGUAUGUUCAUUUGUAAUUAUGUAAAAAGUGCUUAGGUUAUCAACUGUAAAAUUCUUCAUUUUUUUUCUGUCACUUGCCAGAAAACAUGGCAUGGCUCUGGCCGUUAGGUUUUGUAACAAGCUUUUAUUUAUCUUCCUUUUUAGUUAUCAUCAUCAUCAACCUCUUGUAAAGUCAUUUUUCCUCUAAAUAAAUUUGAUUUUAAGUCUC